AAAAAAAAUAAUUUAAAAAGAUGCCUGAUCACUUGGGAGAUGAUAUGCGCAAGAUAAAGGACGACAAUAAGGAUGAACCGGAAAUCAAAGCUUUGGAUGAGGGCGAUAUUGAGCUUCUGAAGACCUACGGGCAAGGUCAGUACCACAAAAGUAUCAAGCAAAUCGACGAGGAUAUCCAGGCGGCAAUUAAACAAGUGAACGAACUCACGGGCAUCAAAGAAAGUGACACGGGACUUGCGGCGCCUGCCUUAUGGGAUUUGGUUGCGGAUAAGCAAACGCUUCAGAAUGAACAACCGCUGCAAGUGGCGCGUUGCACGAAAAUUAUCAAUGCCGAUUCGGAUGAUCCGAAGUAUAUUAUCAAUGUGAAGCAAUUUGCGAAAUUUGUCGUAGACUUGGCAGAUUCUGUUGCGCCCACAGAUAUCGAAGAGGGCAUGAGAGUUGGCGUUGAUCGUAAUAAAUAUCAAAUUCAUAUUCCAUUACCGCCGAAAAUUGAUCCGACAGUCACGAUGAUGCAGGUUGAGGAGAAGCCAGAUGUCACGUAUAGCGAUGUUGGCGGAUGCAAGGAACAAAUUGAGAAGUUGCGUGAAGUUGUUGAGACGCCUUUGCUUCAUCCUGAAAAAUUCGUCAACUUAGGUAUCGAACCGCCAAAGGGAGUAUUGUUAUUCGGACCUCCUGGCACAGGAAAAACACUUUGCGCUCGUGCAGUUGCCAAUCGUACAGAUGCCUGCUUCAUUCGUGUCAUCGGAUCCGAGCUCGUGCAAAAAUACGUCGGUGAAGGCGCUCGUAUGGUUCGUGAACUCUUCGAAAUGGCACGUUCCAAGAAGGCUUGUUUGAUCUUUUUCGACGAAAUUGACGCCAUUGGAGGCGCUCGUUUUGACGACGGAGCUGGAGGCGACAACGAAGUUCAACGUACGAUGUUGGAGUUGAUUAAUCAACUUGACGGUUUCGAUCCUCGUGGCAAUAUCAAAGUAUUGAUGGCAACAAAUCGUCCCGAUACUCUUGAUCCUGCUCUUAUGCGUCCCGGGCGUCUCGAUCGUAAAGUUGAAUUUGGACUUCCGGAUUUAGAAGGUCGUGCUCACAUCUUUAAAAUUCAUGCCAGAUCAAUGUCCGUGGAACGUGAUAUUCGAUUCGAUUUGCUCGCAAGAUUGUGUCCCAACUCGACAGGAGCCGAAAUUCGUUCAGUUUGCACGGAAGCCGGUAUGUUUGCGAUCCGUGCGCGUCGCAAGGUAGCAACGGAAAAGGACUUUUUGGAAGCCGUUAACAAAGUCAUCAAGAGUUAUGCGAAAUUCAGUGCUACGCCGCGUUACAUGACCUACAAUUAAGGGUUUUCUCAAUUUAUUUUUUUUUAACAUUAAAAUUGUAAUCGCUGAAAUAGAAAUUUUUCGAA